AAAUCGUCUUUUCGAAGAAGUAUUUUGUGUGCCAGGAACGACCUUCAUGAAGGGGUGUAACAGAUGUAUGUGCAGGGAGACUGGCACGAGUGCAUAUUGCACCGCAAAGGACUGCUUAAUGCAACUACGUUCAGUGUGUUUUCCCGCUGGGAGUGUGAAAAUAGUUGACUGCAACGUUUGCAUCUGCGACCGUUCAAAGACAUGGGUUUGUUCGAGCUUCGACUGCCGACCACGAUUACACUAUGUGGACUGCGAAACAAAUGCAGCAAAGUUUGACGAUUCUGAAACGUCGAUUGAGAACUGUCGGCCAGGCACCACAUUUCGACGAAACUGUAACCUGUGUUACUGCUCGGAGGAUGGUACGUCAGCAGUAUGCAACACCCAGCCUUGUACCGGAACUGAAGGAACAUUACUACCACUGCAACCGAAAUGUGGAGAUGAAGGUGGAUGCAAAGAUAAUACACAUGGAGAAAAAGAUGGCACUGGAGGUAGAGUUGGAGGUAAAGGAGGCGGAAGUGGUGGUCAAAGGAGGAAAGGGGUAGCACUUCAACUGGUGGUUGACCAACUCCCAUGCCUGCCAGGAGAUAUUGUUUAUGAAGAUAACUGCUUUAGCUGCUAUUGUUUAGUGGAUGGUGCUAGCAUCUUGUGCUUAAGUAUGGACUGUGAACUUGAAGACAUGGGGUCGGCCCCACUGCAAACCUAUGCGAUUAACAGACCUAAGGCGGCGGAUGUUCCAUUGGUGACUAAGCAAGUGAAGUGCAGGUCGUCAGCAAAAGUUUUCUCGGAAGGCUGCAACUCCUGCAUUUGCGUGGAUGCAGACAGCAGUCCCGUGUGCACGAACUGGCCUUGCACGGAUUCUGGAAGAACUCACAGUAAUCCAAAACGAAUGAAGCGUUCAUCACAGCAUUGCGAGCCUUACACAUCGUAUAAAAAGAGCUGCAACAUUUGUUUUUGCAAUAUGGAUGGCACCAACGCUGUCUGUACGAAUCUCUCGUGUCACACUGGCGCACAGGGAGGUAAGUUCCUGGCCUACUCGUCUCUGUCUAUAUGA